ACAGAAACGGACCAAUUACACGCGCCUCCUGCCUGCGACGCUCAGUGACGUUGGCAGCGUUGGCACUUCCGCGUUUGUAUUCUGAGCUGAACCGAAACCAGACGCCCAAUUUCAGGAUGCAUCUGUCCAGAGUUGGAAUUUACAUGAAGAGGAGAAAGCGAGGUCAGGCCUGAACAUUACUGUCUUCCUCCUCCUGGCCGUCCCUCUGUCUGACUCCUCAGAUCGGUGCUCACCCCCACCACCAUCAUGCUGUGCUGGGGGAAUGCAAAGGACGGACAGCUGGGUGUUGGUGUGGAGAGGAACCCGGUGUUUGAGCCGAGGAACUGUCACGUGUUCAGUGGUAGAGGUCUGAAAGAGAUCGCCUGUGGAGGCCAACACUCUCUCUUCCUGCUGCAUGAUGGCAGUGUGUACACCUGUGGCUCUAACAGCUGUGGACAGCUGGGCCACGACAAACCAGGGACUUCCCCAGAACUAGUUGGAGCUCUGGACACUCAGAAGAUAACGAUGGUGUCAAGUGGUCGGGCCCAUUCAAUGGCAGUAAAUGAGCAGGGUCAGGUCUUCGCCUGGGGAGCUGGUGAAGGGGGUCAGCUCGGCCUGGGGACCGCAGAGGUGGCUGUUCGAAUCCCAAGGUUGGUCAAAAGACUGUGUGACCAUCGCAUCUCCCAAGUAAUGUGUGGCAAUCAGCACUGCAUCGCACUUUCCAGAGACGGUCAGCUGUUCACCUGGGGUCAGAACACCAGCGGUCAGCUUGGUCUGGGGAAAGGAGAGCCCAGCAAACUGUUCCCUCAUCCCCUCAAGUCUCUGGCAGGAAUCCCUCUGGCUCAGAUCACGGCCGGGGGAGACCACAGCUUCGCCCUCUCCCUGUCUGGAGCUGUGUUUGGCUGGGGAAAAAACAGAGCAGGACAACUGGGUCUCAACGAUAAACAAGAUCGUGCUGUUCCCUGCCACAUCAAGUUUUUGAGAUCACAGAAAGUUGUUUACAUCAGCUGUGGAGAUGAACAUACAGCAGCACUCACUAAGGAUGGAGGUCUGUUUACGUUCGGAGACGGCUCGUGGGGUCAGCUGGGUCACGGCUCCACCAAUAAUGAACUUUUACCCAGACGAGUGCUGGAGCUGAUGGGUACUGAGGUGUCCCAGAUCACCUGCGGCAGACACCACACGCUGGCGUUCGUGCCGUCCUCUGGUCUGGUGUACGCCUUUGGUUGUAACAGUCAUGGUCAGCUCGGCACGGGUAUACUCGGCGACGCUAGAAGCCCAUUUCCUGUAAAGACCAGUUUACUGACUGGACAUUUCCAUAGAACAGAAUCAAAACAAUAUAUUGUGACCAAAAUCAUCUGUGGAGGAGACCACAGUUUCUUAUUGUAUUCUAAUGAACAGAGCUCAGUCCCUCCAGAGGACUUCAGAGUGAUUAACAUCAGUAAAAGUCUCUCCCCAAUCAAUUAUGAAAGGUUAAAUUCAUGGAGAUUAAAGCUGAUGUACAGCACAGACUCUACUGUCACAAAUGACAUUAUUGUUCAGCUCUCCUCCACGGCUUGUUGGAACGCCAGCUUCUUGGACCAAAGUGAUGAUACACACUUCAAAACCAACCCAAAGAUCCCAGGCAUCGAUCUCAACUCUGUCAGACUGCUGUUUGAGACGCUCAGUAAACCGGCCUUCUCUGGACUCCUGGAGCAGGCCACAAAGAGUUUUGAGAGCCUGUUGAUCCCUCAGCUGCCGCACUCUCCUCCUGACGUCGAGGCCAUGAGGAUCUACCUCAUCCUGUCCGAGUACCCGGCCCUGCAGGACUCCAAGAACUACAUCCGCCUCACCAUCCCCCUGGCCAUGGCCAUCCUCCGACUAGACGCCAACCCCAGCAAAGUAUUGGAUAACUGGUGGUGUUUUGUGGAUGGCGGUGUGUUCACCAGGAUGGUCGACAUGUACAAGAGCAUCGUCGUCUUUAUGCUAACGGGAGGAAAGACGCUGCUCGUGCCAGUUUUCUACGAGAACUAUUUUCUCGCCACGCUGCGGCUGCUGGAGAAACUCCACAAGGUAAAUUUAAAGGCCCACCACGUGGAGUACAACCGCUUCUAUAUCCCUGACAUCACCAGCCUGGUGGACAUCCAGGAAGACUACCUCAAAUGGUUUCUGAGUAAAGCUGAGAUUAAAAUGGGAUCAUCUCCUUCACAGAGUGACUUUCCCUCAGUGAACCUAUGUGCCUACCCGUUCAUCCUGAACGCCCAAGCCAAGACAACCAUGCUGCAAACAGAUGCUGAGCUGCAGAUGCAGAUGGCAGUGAGCGGUGCAAACCUCCACAACGUCUUCAUGCUGCUCACUCUGGAACCUCACCUGGCCAGGAACCCUUACCUGGUGCUCCACGUGCGCAGGGACCAUUUAGUGAGCGACACUCUGCGUGAGCUGACCAUGUACUCUGACGUGGACCUGAAGAAACCUCUGAAGGUGAUCUUUGAUGGAGAAGAAGCCGUGGACGCAGGUGGAGUAACUAAAGAGUUCUUCCUGCUGCUGUUAAAGGAGCUGAUGGAUCCUGUUUAUGGGAUGUUCACUCAUUACAAAGAGUCCAACCUGCUCUGGUUCUCUGACAAAUGUUUUGUGGAGCAGAACUGGUUUCACCUGAUCGGGAUCAUCUGUGGUCUGGCCAUCUAUAACUCCACAGUGGUGGACCUUCACUUCCCUCUGGCUCUCUACAAGAAGCUGCUGGAUGUGUCACCGAUGCUGGAGGACUUCAAAGAGCUCUCCCCCACCGAGGCCAGGAGUUUACAGCAGCUUCUGGACUAUGAAGGAGCAGACGUGGAGGAGACUUUUCUUCUCAACUUUGCAAUCACCAGGGAGAACUACGGGAUGACAGAGGUGAAGGAGCUGAUUCCUGGAGGAGAGAGCAUCAGCGUGGAUAAAAACAACAGGAAGGAGUUUGUGGAGGCUUACCUGCGUUACGUGUUCUCAGACUCGGUGAGUGAACAGUACUCGGCCUUCUCCUCUGGUUUCCUGAAGGUGUGCGGGGGGGAGAUCCUGUCUCUGUUCCAGCCCUCGGAGCUCAUGGCCAUGGUGGUCGGCAACAACAACUACAACUGGGAGGAGAUGGAGAAGAAUGCCGUUUACAAAGGGGAAUACACAGCCACUCAUCCAACAGUCAGACUGUUCUGGGAGGUUUUCCAUGAGUUCCCUCUGGAAAAGAAGAAGCAGUUCUUAUUGUUCCUGACUGGCAGUGACCGAAUCCCCAUCCACGGCAUGGAGAGUCUGAGGAUCAUCAUCCAGUCCACCACGGCUGAGGAGCACUAUCUGCCUGUGGCCCACACCUGCUACAACCUGUUGGACAUGCCCCGAUACCAGACCAAAGAGAUCCUGCGCCGCCGCCUCACCCAGGCUGUUGAGCAGUACGAGGGCUUCAGCCUGGUCUGAGGAGGGAGGAGGGGGGUCUGAGGAGAAGGGGGUGUCUGAGGAGGUCUGAACGCACUUUAGCAGCAAUACACACACGUUGGUGUCGGAGGAGGGGGGUCACUCUCUUUCUACGAGCUUACUUGAUUGUUAAGCAUCUUGAAUCUGAAGGUCUAUCUCUGUACAUGCAAAGUAUUACUGUAUUAUUGCUUUGGACAAAGUUUCUCAGCCUUUUUGUUUGUUUAAAAUAAAUCACAGUCUGAAAACAGAAAACUGAUGGACUCUGUGUUGAAUUCAUAUGACGACUGAUCAUUACAACUUUAGGACCUAAAAAUCAAAGACCAGAGGAGGCUGAGAAACUUUGAGUAGUUUCAGUUUGUCUUUUUGUUUUGCAGAGCUGUGUAUUUUAUAUUCAACUCAUUAAAUUCUAUUUUUCACCUUUUAAGAAUUAUGUUACUUUGAGACAAUACAGUCUAUCUGCUUUUUGUUACUUUAAUUUAUUAAAUAGAGUGGUUAUUUUUGACAAAAUGUGUAUACAUGUGUGUAAAUAGCUCUUUGAAUAUAAUAUUAUACCCACAUUUUAGUGCUCAAUAAGCUGAUCCUUUUAACUCUGGACACCAGCAUGUCCUCGCUGCCUGGUCUAAACUGAAGAGAGAGGCAGACAGAGGCUGCAAGAGGAAACAUGGUGAAGAUUAUUUACAAUCCUCUGUUUUUGCUGUGGAUCACAGAGCAGCUGACUUUGUCCUGAACCUGCAUUCAACAGUGUUGCCUUCUACAGCAAAACCUACGACAUGGACAUGAGAAACUUUUAUUUUCAGUGGAUGUUGUCUGUGUGCAUGUUGUUGAGUGAAAGCUAAAACCUGACUGUCAAUGAAAAAUUCUACAUUUUGGGAAAUGUUCCUCAAAUCAGCCUCAUGGUGGAGAGUCCCAACGCCGCGUUCAGGCUCCAUAGGACUCCAGAGUAUUCAUGUGGCGCACUAGAUCAGUAGCCAAGAUUGCGUCCAGUACAUUUUCCUGAUUAUACUUAAGUUACAUUUUCAGUGCAGGAUUCUUGCUGGAGAAGUAGAAAAUUAUCGUUUCCUACACUUUGUUUUUUGUUGCUAUGUAACAUAUGUGCUGGCAGGCGGAUGUUGUUGUGUUUGGACGGAGCCAUGCUACCGUUUCCAGUCUUUCUGCUGCUAAGCUAACUCUCCACCACAAAGCAAAUGUGUUCAUUUCCCUAAAUGUCCUUUAAAACUAUUUAAUAUAAACAUUAAAAUGAAUAGUUGUAAUUAGCUGUUUCCAAGUUUCAGAUAAUUAAAUUGUGACAUUUGUGGCAGGACGACACAAUAAGUUCAUAGUUACCAGUGUGGGCAGAUUAAAUAUAUUAGAUAUACAUCAGCUAAAAAAAAAAAAACUGUAUCUGUCAUAUCAGUUGUUCUGAAACUUCUCCUGAUUCUGUAUUUAUCCCACAAACCUCUUUAAUCCAGAACAAUGUUUAAUUAGGUUGUGGACGUGUGUGAAAUGGUCUGCAUCUAUAUUUUUUAUAUAUUUCAUAACAUGAUGGUGUCAGAGACAGAGAAUGACCUGAUGUGUCCUGACAGCUCCCACGGACACAUCAUUGAGCAAUAACAACCUGAACAGCCGAGUAAUGUAGUUCUAACUCUGGCUCUUUCCUCUGAAGGUCUGAAACACUGAACUGAGACGUUUCUCAGAACAGUUCAUCUUAUUGCUUCGCUCUUCACUGCAUGUACACACUCCUCCUACAUCAGUAUCUGAUUAAAGCUCAGUUCUGCUGCAGAUUUUAAUCCUAUGCAACUGUUUGUGCAGCCCUCGACUUUUUUGCACCUUUUAAUGUGCUACAGAAAAAUGUCAUUUUUGCAUAUUUGUCUGAAAUCUACACAAAGCUCUGUGUUACAGCCAACUUUUUAAAUAAAACUAUACAGUGUAAAAACA